AUGGCUUUCCCAACAUUAUUUCCUGAUGGAAAAGGUGACCCUACUAACUCGGGUAUAUUGAGGGAUGUCCCUCUCCAAGAACGAGUAAAGCAUCUUUUAAAAUUUGCUGAGAUGAUUGAUGGUAAAUGGGUAUACCGUUUUGCUAGCCAUCCUAGAUUUUCUUAUUGGGCUUUUAACAUGAUUCAAAGAAAGCGAAUUUUGCAGCAAAGUGGAAUAUUCCUUAAACAAAAUCCAGGUGAAGCUCAUCUCACAAUUGAUGAACUGCGAGAAAUGGCUGCCAGUAACAAUGCUAAUGUAUUUAUGUCUAAAGUAUCUAGAUAUGUCGGUAAUAUUGCUGGAACAAAUGCUUACUGGAAUAAAGUAAGAGAGGAACUCAAAGCUAUCAUAACUAGUGUUGGAGCACCAACAUUAUUUUUCACUUUUUCCUCUGCAGAUAUGCAUUGGCCUGAAUUACAUGCUUUAUUUAAAGCUGAUGGUGACAUUGCUGAUUCUACUAGUGAUGUAAGACGACAAAAUGUAAUUAACAACCCCCAUAUUGUAGAUUGGUUUUUUACCCAAAGAUUAGAAAGCUUUGUAAAACACUGGCUUUAUAAUACACUUGGUGCAAAAUGGCACUGGUUUAGAUAUGAAUACCAAGGUAGAGGUAGUAUCCAUUGUCAUGGUACUGCUAAACUAAAUAAUGACCCAGGUUUAUGUCAACUUACUCAGACUGCUCUGAAAGGGUUUCUAGCUCAGAAAUUUAAGGAUGAAAAUGAUUGUUCAGAUACAACAGAACUAGAUCAGGAUAUUGAAGCUGGUAAGAGAGCUGCUGACACAGCAUGUCAGUAUGUUGAUUGGUUAUUGUCGACUGUCAGUCCUAACCCACCAGAUCAAGACAUGUGGAUUAGACCACAAGUCCACCCAUGUCAGAAACGUCACAAUGACAUUUGUGAGCAUGAAAUACAAUCUGAUUAUGAAGAUCUUUUGAAUAUGGUUCAACGACAUACUCGUUGUAGCACAAAUUAUUGUCUUAGGAAAAAAUCCAAUGAGAACGAGUUGAAAUGCAGAUUUCAUUUCCCAUUUGACCUCUGCCCUCAGACGAAAUUAGAAUUUGAACAAAUUCACAGUAAAGGUGAAAAAGUACAAUAUAGAGCAAAGAUUGUUACUAGAAGAAAUGAUUCAAGACUGAACAAUCAUCAGCAACUCCAGUUGCAGGGCUGGAGAGCUAAUUGUGAUAUACAAGUAGUUAUUGACCACUAUGCUUGUGUUGAAUAUCUCACUAAAUACGCUGCAAAGGGCGAACCAAGGUCACCUAUCCUGAAACAAGCUUUUAAUUCUAUUGUCCAGAAUGUUGGCAAUAAUACUGACCCUCACAGAGCCAUCAAGAAGGUUGUUAUGAAAACUCUUGGUGAAAGGGAUUAUGCAGCUCAAGAGACAAUGCAUCAUUUGUUAUCAAUAAAACUUCAUAGUUCAUCAUUUACAGUGAUUCCAGUGAGUCUAAAUGGUUCACGUAGAGUACGUGAAAAUGCGUCAAUUGAGGAUGGUGAUUCUUGCACUGAUAAUUCACUUCUUGAUGUGUAUGCUAACCGUCAACAAUAUGACAAUUCACAAAGCAUUAUGGACAUGAACUUUGUUCAGUUUGCUACAACCUACAAAGUUGUUAACGAUAAGCUAACAAAACUACCAGAGAAUGUUGUUCCAAGGAUAUUUCCUACUUACUCUCCCAAUCCUAAAGGCCCCAAUUUUGGGCUUUAUUGUAAGUAUCAACUCUUGAGGUACAAACCUUAUAACACAACCCAAAACAAUGCAUGGGGUGACCAAGAACCAACCGAUGAAAUUUUAAUUAACCAUUGGCAAGAAUUUUUGCAAACACCUUAUGCACAAACUCAUGUACCAGACUGGCUUGACAAACUUCAAACUGUUAUUCAAAGUCAACAAGAGGCAGAAGAUGAACCUUGUGAAGAACAAGGUAAUACCCGAGAGGAAUGGAUGGUCUUAUCCGAUCUUCACACUCCAUUUGAGAACUUGGAACAAACACCAGAAUCAACACAUGACUGGCACCAAGAUAGAGCUCGAUAUUCUGAGCAACAGAUUCAAGAAAUGCCGACGUGGAUAAAAACAAAAAAAGAAGAUCAUGUCAUUCAUGAACAGUAUGAAGUUGUUGAUAUAAAUAGUUUCAGUGAAAUGCAAGAGCUUGCUUAUAAUAUUGUUAACACACAUAUUAACAGUGCUUCAUCUGACGAAGAACCAUUAUGCCUCAUUGUCAUUGGUGUAGCUGGAACUGGUAAAAGCUACCUUAUUAAUGCUAUUCGUAAUCUUUUGCAAGCUAAAUGUGCAGUUACUGCUACUACUGGCAAGGCUGCUUUUAAUAUAAGAGGUAUAACUAUUCACUCAUUGUUAAAACUGCCUAUUGGAUCACGAGGUAAAAACGAUUUGACAGGGCUGAGUCUGUGCAGACUGCAAGAAAAUUUAAAUAGUGUUGAAUAUAUUAUCAUUGAUGAAUACUCCAUGCUUGGUCAAGUUACAUUUGGCUGGGUAGAUAAACGUUGCAAACAGGCAACAGGAUGUUACAAUAAGGUGCUUGGAGGAAAGUCCUUGAUUUUAUUUGGUGACCCAGGCCAGUUACCACCUGUGGCAGACAAGCCUCUUUAUCAUGCUAAACCAUCAAGUGAUGUUGGUGAACAAGGGUAUCAAACAUACAGAAUGUUUGAUAAAGCUGUUAAGCUUACUGUCAAUCAGCGAGUACAAGGUAUGAAUUCUGAACAAGUCAGAUUCAGAGAUUUGUUGUUGCGACUCCGCAAAGGUGAGUCCACAGUAGAUGACUGGAAAUUACUACUGACUCGUCAACCUUCAGCAAUCACAAAUUUGAGUGAGUUUGAAGAUGCUACCAGACUUUUCUAUAGCAAUGAGCAGGUUGCAAAUUACAACCAUGACCAACUGAGUAAACUUGAGCAACCAGUUGCUCAUAUCAAUGCUCGCCAUUCAUCGGCAAUUGCAAAGAAAAUUGCUUCAGAAGAUAUGUCAGGAUUAGAACCUGUGGUAUUUUUAGCAAAAGGCGCUAAAGUGAUGUUAACUAUGAAUUUAUGGUCAAGUGUUGGUCUUUGCAAUGGGGCCACUGGGACAGUCAUUGAUUUUAUCUUUCAAAGCAACCAUCGGCCACCAGACUUACCUGUUGGUGUUAUAAUUCAGUUUGAUAACUACAGAGGUCCUUCAUUUGAUGCCACUCAACCAUCUUGUGUCCCAAUAUGUCCAAUCACUGUCUCGUCACAGUCAGGAAAUGGUUUCCAUGAGAGACAACAAUUGCCUCUUAGACUUGCUUGGGCUCUAACUAUUCACAAGAGUCAGGGACUCACCCUAUCAAAAGCUUGGAUAGAUAUUGGUAAGUCUGAGAGAACUGCUGGAGUGUCUUAUGUUGCAAUCAGUAGAGUGAAAACACUAUCAUCUUGUGUCAUUGAACCAAUGACUUACGAAAGAUUGACAAGCUUAAAAUCUUCAGCAAAUUUGCAGUUCAGGCUUGAAGAGGAAAACAGGCUAGACCGUUUAGCACAAAGUACACACACUGCAUUUAGCUCAUCAAACCAUUGUGGUUGA